UAUGUCUGACCAAUCUCUGCAUCCCGGUAUCAUCUAUGCGAUUGCUCUAAUCCCGGUCGCUUUGAUUGUGAUUCUUACUUGGACGAUUUUGAAAGGGUUCGACCUUUUACCAAACCUUCGGGCUCGGUGGACAAAAGCUCGCCGCCGACCACAGCUUCCAGUCACUGAUAUAUGCCCGGUAGGGUCUACAAGAGGGAGCCUGACAACUAUUGAGAGCGCCUUUAUUGGACAGUCGAGAAACGGUUCGGUUGAGACUGUUACUCGGCCAGAACCCAUUCACGAUGUCAGGAAGCCAAUGGUCGGAGGUCGACAUCCCCUCUCCGUUGCACAUAGUCAAGAGAGGAAAAUCCAUGCAGGUCCUCCGCAGCAGCCCAAGAAAAUUAAGCAACGAAAGUCUUGAUAGCGGUUCUGAUCAACCAUUAACCGUUAUCAAGAGUCGGAAAUCUCAUCGUAAUGUCAUUAGGAGAAGGAAUCAAGAUAGUAUCAACAACUCGAAUUAUAUUCAAACCUCCAAGGGGCAGUCAAGAAAUCUCAGCACAAAUACAGUUUCGAGCGAAACUCAGAAUCCAGUAACCCCCAAACCCCGUAGAAUACCAUCAUCUCGUCGUUCUUCCAGUGCACAAGUUGAACCAUCACUAUCUCCCACAUUUCUUACGAGGCUGCGUUCGUUGUCCAACCGCAGAAAUCUUUCUUCAAAAUCUGCUCGCCCGCGAUAUGGUAUGCGAGUUCCGAGCAGCUCCUCGGAUGGGUCGAUUUUCAGACCGUCUAAUCAAUAUGAAGCAACUCAGUCGUGGGAUAGGUCGCCAAACUCGGCGUAUGCAGACCCUCCCUCACUCAGCGAGUUUGGGUCACGCAGUGUCGAUAGUAGUUUCUUGAGCAAUUCAUUUGCCGAUAUCCAGACACCAGAUAACAAUAUUCCCGAUCCCUACAUACUUGCUCCACAUAUUUCUAUUAUACCAGAAUCAAAGACAUUGAUAGAGGGACAGUCGAGCAUUUGGGCAGUGAUUAAGGUAUCCGCCCAACUAUUCCAUCCUCACACUCACGAUUCGUCUUAUGACUUGGCACAGGCCGCUGGCGGUCCAGCACCCUUUGUUGUACCUACCUAUCAAUGCGAUAUCGGCUUGUUGCGAUAUGGAUAUCUAUAUAACGUAAAGGUAGACAUACUACCAAUAGCAGAAAGCAGUAUAAUCGAUGUCAUAGGAAAUACGCCAACAACAACCUUAACCCCUGGAUCCAGCUUUAUUAAAUUGGCUCAUAUCCGACUAGGAGCCUCGAAAGCACGGCAGGCCAACAGAUCUAAACGUGAUCCGAGCGACCUCAUGGCCGAUCUCGAAUCCCAGUUAGGCAGUUCUCAGGCCGAAUACAUGCAGGUAAGACUGAGCUAUCGCCAUUCGGGGUUUCCAUCGUUUGGGGAUUUCACCACGGACGACAGCGUCUCAACCUACCAGACUCGACUGGAGACAGUAGUGACGGGGGUCGUCAAGCGGCAUAAUUCCACGUCCCUAUGGUCUCCCCAACCAGCACCAAGGCUCGACCCCCUAUUCUCUGCCAUCAUCUCUCAUUGGGAGCCUGCCCAGGCCAACAAUGUUAUGCAUCAAGUGAUGAUGAACCGGUUUGGCCCGCGCAGCACGAGAGGCGGCUGGAGCGAAGAUAUCAUCCAGCCACCCAGCCGCACCGGAACAGCCCCCCCUAUACCUCAACGGCAAGGUAGUCUCCGGCGUUUGUCCCCAGAGAAGAUCAUGGAUCCGGCAAGAAAAAUCUGGACAGAACUACGUCGUACAUCCUCUAGCAACAACCGCCCAACUUUCAACUUGAACAAAGCUCAUCGCUUCCCCGCCGCCACAACGUUCGUAGACGCCCCAAACCCCGGAAAAUCUGUUAUCCGCCCGGACUCGAUGCGGCAGCCGCCGGAAUCAUCAUCGAGCACCGAAGUCCAGCGCCAACGGGAGAUGAUUCGCGACACGGCGGUGCGCAAUAGGCGAUCCAUAGGCGCUGAUAGCCUAAAGAGUCUGGUGCCGUCCGUAGGGGGAGGGUCGAGUAUAGAUGGGAAGGAGAAUAGAAGUAGUAAUAUUUCGGAUUCGCCGAGCCCGCGUGGGAAGAAGCAGGAGGUGCAAGUGCAAGCGGAUCGCCGGAAGAAGGAGAAGGAGGGAAGGUGGAGCUUGGGGAAUUGGUGGUGAGCUUAGGUGAGCUACCUACCUAUCAAUCUGCGUUCUCUUGCCUGAUGAAAGGGGGUACCCAGGGAUUAUCAACGUGUAAGGAGGGCUCAUUCAGCAGGAGUGAGUAGGUAGCUUUUUAAAAUUUGUAGAAUAUUUCUAAUAGGGGUAUUGGAGGAAGGGACUUUGAGUCUCUUUAUAUGAACACGACGAGGAACUAUUU